GUUUCAGCCCGCCUUCACCGUUGUCUUCCUGUGCUGCCAUUGAUUCCGUCAACUUUCGUUUCCCGGUAGCUUCCCUCCAUGUCAUGAAUCUGAACCCAUCCACGUAAUCGUGAUACCGUCCGGGGUGCUGCAGCCAGUCCAACCCGAACUACUAUGGCCUCGCAUCCAGCGUCGCUGAGGGACCGUCAGGUCGCCUCCAUUCACAAGAUUCUCAACUUGAACCACGAGCCGCAGCCGACGGAAGAUUCCCACCACGAUGCCUCCGCACAGGGCCUCAUCUCUACCCCGGUCCUGAACGAGGAUGGCGACCCCAUUUGGAAGGUUUUGGUGUUUGAUAAUAUGGGAAGAGAUGUCAUCAGCAGCGUGCUACGGGUCAAUGAUCUCAGAGCUUGGGGAGUUACAAUCCAUCUAGGCGUCAAUUCCACACGAUACCCAAUCCCCGACGUCCCCGUUGUCUAUCUUGUCGAACCUACACCUGCCAACAUCCAGGCGAUCACAAAUGACCUUUCUCGCGGACUUUACUCACCCGCCUAUAUCAACUUCCUAUCUUCCGUACCCAGACCCCUUCUCGAAGACUUUGCGUCCCAGAUAGCGACAACAGGAACCGCGGAACAUGUCGCACAGGUCUAUGAUCAGUACCUAAACUUUAUUGUUGCCGAACCGGACCUUUUCAGCCUGGGGCUUGGGAAUGAUGCGUACUGGAAGAUCAACAGCGCGCAAACCAGCGAUGACGAUCUAGACGCGAUUGUCGACCGGAUCGUCAGUGGGUUGUUCAGUGUUAGCGUCACAAUGGGUGCCAUCCCAAUCAUCCGGUGCCCCAAGGGCGGCGCGGCAGAAUUAAUAGCGACCAAGCUGGACCGUAAGCUCCGCGAUCAUAUUCUUAACUCCAAGGACAACCUGUUCUCCAACAAGAAAUCCACACCUGGCGUUCCGUCAGCGCGGCCAGUUCUGAUCAUCGUCGACCGCAACGUGGAUUUGGUGCCGAUGCUCUCUCACUCGUGGACAUACCAGUCGCUGGUGCAAGAUGUGCUACAAAUGCGUCUCAAUCGAAUCACGGUAGAGUCAACUGAUGAGACAAACCCGGCUAAAGGUGUCAGCAAGAAGGCAUAUGACCUGAACAGCAACGACUUCUUCUGGAAGCGUAAUGCCGGCGCACCGUUCCCUCAGGUCGCAGAAGACAUUGAUGCGGAGCUUACACGAUACAAAGAGGACGCCAACGAGAUCACGAAGAAGACUGGUGCUUCCUCGAUUGAAGACCUCCAAAAUGACACCAGCGCUUCUGCGCAGCACCUCAAGGCUGCCAUCACACUCCUUCCGGAGCUGCGGGAACGCAAGGCCAUCCUGGACAUGCACAUGAACAUUGCCACCGCCCUUCUCAAGGGCAUUAAAGACCGUCAGCUGGACAACUUCUUCGAACUAGAAGAGAACAUCACCAAGCAGUCCAAGGCCCAGAUCAUGGAGCUGAUCAACGACUCCACCAAGGGCAAUGACCCGCUGGAUAAGCUCCGUCUCUUCAUCAUCUGGUUUCUGAGCACCGAAACGGAAGUCUCGCGCGCCGAGAUGAGCGGAUUCGAAGAAGCCCUCACUCGCGUCGGAGUCACGGACGUUACCCCCCUUGCCUAUGUCCGACAGGUCCGAGAAAUCACCCGGAUGACGAUGAUGACAACCGCAACAUCCGCUCCCCAACAACAGUCUUCCAACCUCUUCCGCGGUUUCUCCUCUCUCUCCAACCAGCUAACCGACCGCAUCACUUCGGGGGCCCUGGGCGCUAACUUCGACUCCCUCAUCUCGGGCGUCAAGAACUUCCUCCCUGCCAACAAGGACCUGACCCUCACCAAGAUCACCGAGUCCAUCAUGGACCCCACCUCCGCAUCCAGCUCCGCCAUUGCCAAAACAGAGGGCUACCUCUACUUUGAUCCCCGCAGUGCCAACGCUCGGGGUGCCAUGCCCCCAGCUUCUGCAUCGCGCAACGCGCAAGGCCAGGGUCUGAACGCCUCCGGGCCAGGCCUGAGCGCCACCUUUGGUCAGCGCCGCCAGGCCUUCAACGAAGCAAUUGUCUUCACCGUCGGCGGUGGCAGCAUGGACGAGUAUGGCAACUUGCAAGACUGGGUGGGUCGGACAAGUGGACAACCGGGCGCUGACGGUGCCGGUGCCGUCAACCGUGGUGCGCAUGGAGCCCCAAAACGGAGGGUCGUCUACGGCAGUACGGAUUUGAUGAAUGCCAAGGAAUUCCUGACAGAAUCGUUGGCGAAAUUGGGCAGGGAGGGAUGAAUAAGUGGCUGGUAGCAAAUAGAAUUUGCCUUCGAGUAUAGUACUUAAGUAUAGUUAAUUGAUACGUAUGGAGAUGAUCUGGUUUACUACGUUCACAGAAUACCAAAGGAGGUGUAAUAAUUAGAUACGAGCCAGUCAGUCACAAGACCACUAGACCCAUAGAAGAAAGAAAGCAAU